UGCCUCGCCUCGUCCAAUCAGCGCCGGGAGAGGGCGGAGCCUCGGCGGAGGGGGCGGGGCCCGAGGGGCGACGGGGGGCGGGAGGGGUCAGUGCGCGAUCGGCUUCGGGAGCGCGGGGAGGCGCGAUGCCGCUGUCCCGCAGCGUCUCCGUGAGCUCCCUCCCGGGGCUGGAGGAGUGGGGGGGCCCCGGUGCCCCCGAGAACGUCGUCCUCUUCGAGGUGGCCUGGGAGGUGGCCAACAAGGUGGGCGGCAUCUACACGGUGCUGCAGACCAAGGCGCGGGUGACGGCGGACGAGUGGGGCGAGAGCUACGUCCUGGUGGGCCCCUACGUGGAGAGCAGCGUCCGCACGCAGGUGGAGCUGCUGGAGCCGCCGCAGCCGGCGCUGCGCCGCACGCUGGCCGCCAUGAACGCGCAGGGCUGCAAGGUGCACUUUGGGCGCUGGCUCAUCGAGGGCAGCCCGGCCGUGGUGCUCCUGGACGUGGGAGCCACUGCCUGGAGCCUGGAGCGCUGGAAGGGGGAGCUCUGGGAGAGCUGCGCCAUUGGGGUGCCCUGGUACGACCGCGAGGCCAACGACGCCGUCCUCUUCGGCUUCCUGGUGGCCUGGUUCCUCGGAGAGGUGCGGAGGGGGGCCCAAGGGGGUUUAUGGGGUCCACAGUGGGGUUUAUGGGGUCCCAAUGGGGUUUAUGGGGUCCACAGUGGGGUUUAUGGGGUCCACAAUGGGGUUUAUGGGGUCCCAAUGGGGUCUAUGGGGCCCAAA